AUGGUUUCAAAGGGAAAAACGGAGUUGAGGCUGGAUCUGACGGCCGCUGACGGAACAUCUGUAUACGAAACAUUUCAGAAUUUUAGACUUGGUGCAAUGCCGUAUUAUACUCUUCAUAUCGACACGGGUGUGGGAACUGCAGGAGUCAGUAGAAAUUGCGCUAUAAAAGACCAUGGUGGAUGGUGGUAUUAUAAUUGUGCUUAUGCAAAUCUAAACGGUGAAUAUGUUACUCCUGGUACACAACGACCUGUCAAUGCGGAAGGUGGGAUGACAUACCACUCAUUUAAACGCUGGGAAUCACUCAAGUUCUCCAAAAUGAUGUUCCGACGGGUAUAA